AUGGUCAAGGAAACAAAAUACUACGACACCCUCGGGGUCGCCCCCGGAGCCACGGACCAGGAGCUGAAAAAGGCUUACAAGAUGAAUGCUCUGAAAUAUCAUCCUGACAAGAACGCCCAUAAUCCCGGUGCCGAGGACAAGUUCAAGGAGGUUUCCCAUGCCUAUGAAAUUUUGUCUGACCCUCAGAAGCGACAAGUCUAUGAUCAAUACGGCGAGGCUGGUCUCGAGGGCGGUGCCGGUGGAGGUGGCAUGGCCGCCGAAGACUUGUUUGCGCAGUUCUUCGGCGGCAGUGGCUUCGGUGGCAUGGGCGGUAUGUUUGGAGGCAUGAACAGUCGCGGGCCCCCGAAGGCGCGCACCAUUCACCAUACUCACAAGGUGUCGCUCGAGGACAUCUACCGCGGCAAGAUUUCCAAGCUGGCCCUUCAACGUUCCAUCAUCUGCCCCAAGUGCGAGGGAGCUGGCGGCAAGGCCGGUGCCGUCAAGACCUGCCCCGGCUGCGACGGCCAUGGCAUGAAGACCAUGAUGCGCCAGAUGGGCCCCAUGAUCCAGCGCUUCCAGACGGUCUGCCCCGAUUGCAACGGUGAAGGCGAGAUCAUUAAGGAGAAGGAUCGCUGCAAGCAGUGCAACGGUAAGAAGACGAUAGUCGACAGGAAGGUCUUGCACGUCCACGUCGACAAGGGUGUCCGCAGCGGUACCAAAGUCGAGUUCCGAGGCGAAGGUGACCAGGCUCCCGGCGUGCAGGCCGGCGACGUCGUCUUCGAGAUCGAGCAGAAGCCUCACACUCGUUUCACGCGCAAGGAUGACGACCUUCUUUAUAAGUGCGACAUUGAGCUGGUGACGGCUUUGGCCGGUGGCACAAUCUACAUAGAGCACCUCGACGACCGGUGGCUCAGCAUCGACAUCAUGCCGGGCGAAGCUAUUGCUCAAGACUCGGUUAAAAUGGUCCGCGGCCACGGCAUGCCUUCGCACCGCCACCACGACUUUGGCAACCUGUAUAUCCACUUCAACGUUGUUUUCCCCGAGAAGAACUGGACUCAAGACCCCAACGCCUUCGAGGAGCUCCGAAAGCUGCUUCCCGCUCCCUCCGUUCAGAACGUCCCGCCUACUGAGGCGAUGACGGAGCCGGCCGACCUGGAGGAUCUGGACAACCAGUCGCAGAGUCGCGCCUUUGGCGGCGGCUCCGGCAUGGGCGAGGAAGACGACGAGGAUGGUCACCCUGGCGCCGAGCGCGUGCAGUGCGCUUCGCAGUAA